AUGAGAGGAGGUGGAAACAGAGCCAAAAGAAAAAGAUUUGGUUUCCACAAUAAGAAAGGGAUGGUAGACAUUUGCUUUAUUCAAGAGACCAAAUUGAGUUUAGUGGACAGUAGUAUUGUUAGAGAGUUGUGGGGUGAUGAUUCGGUGGAGUGGUCUUUUGCGGAGGUGACCGGGGCAUCGGGGGGUUUGAUAACUAUGUGGAAGAAGGACCUUCUCAAACUGAUUUUUAGUUUUAAAAGGCAAGGUUUCCUUGGUCUCUGUAUGGAAAAGAAUGGCAAAUUGAUUUACUUUGUUAACGUUUAUGCUUCUUGCGAUAGUAAACGUAGAAUGGAAUCUUGGAAGAGUUUGUUAGAUUUCAAGUCGAAUAACGUUAAGGGAUCUUGGUGCAUAGGAGGGGAUUUCAACUCAAUUUCCUCUUUGGAUGAAAGGGUAGGUAAAUCCGGUAGGAGUUAUAGAAAAGAGAUGUCAGAGUUCAAUGGCUUUAUAGAAGGGAUGGAGUUGGUGGAUGUUCCAACAAUAGGAGGUAAAUUCACUUGGCUCAAUAGUAACGGUAAAGUUAUGAGUCGAAUUGAUAGGUUCCUCUUAUCGGAAGACUUUAUUGAAGAUUGA